CUUUUUGUCCAGCAGCCUCUGCUACCAAACGGACGAAUAUCACUAAAACAUCGUUGCCCGUAUCACUCAACGAUCGCAAUGCCGCUCCCUAAGCGUCAGGCGAUCCCUGCGAAGAGCGCAAAAUCAGACAAGCCUGCAAAGUCUUCAACAACCGGCUCUGCAGACUCUCGUUUUGCCAACUUCGAGAGUGAUGCUCGCUUCACGCUACCCUCAAAGAAACACACCAAGACCAAACUCGAUCCUCGAUUCUCACGGCUACGGAGCGAUCCAGACUUCUACAACAAGGCGACUGUGGACAAAUAUGGCCGCAAGAUCUCCAAGAAUGCCGGCAAGAAGGCGCUCGAGAAGCAAUACGACGACGAGAGCGACGAGGAGCCUGAGGAUCUCCAGGCGGGGAUCCGCGACAAAUCGGUUCUGAAGGAGCUCGAGAGGGUGCAAAAAGAAGGAUUUGACCCAAUCCGCGACGGUGGACUCGAAUCGUCUUCGGACGAAAGCUCUAGUGACGAGGAAGAGGAGGAGGUUGAGGAACAGGUGGAACUAGCCGGUGAUGACAACGAGGUGCCCACCGGAGACAUCUCAUCACGGCUAGCAGCAGUCAAUAUGGAUUGGGACAACAUUCGCGCGAGCGACAUUAUGGCUGUCGCAAACUCGUUUGUGCCCGCAGACGGGCGCAUUCUGAACGUGCUCAUCUAUCCGAGCGAGUUUGGCAUGGAGCGCAUGCAGCGCGAAGAGAUCGAAGGGCCCCCUCGAGAAAUAUUUGCAUCUACCGCGAACAAGGCUGAAGAGAGUAUUCCUACACUGGACGACGACUCAGACGCAUCGGAUGCCGAAGACAAGGCAGAAGAAAAGGAGGAUCUGCAGCAAGGCGAGAACGGUGAGGAGUUUGACUCGACUAAACUUCGGAGCUACCAGCUCGAUCGUUUGCGCUACUACUACGCGGUCAUCACCUGCUCUUCUGCAAACGUAGCCAAGGCCAUCUACGACGAUCUAGACGGGCGAGAGUAUCUGACAAGCGCCAACUUUUUCGAUCUUCGUUUCGUUCCCGAUGGCACUGAAUUCGACCAAGAACCCAGCGACGAAUGCACAAAGCUUCCGGACGGCUACAAACCCAACGAAUUCACCACAGAUGCCUUGACACACUCGAAAGUAAAGUUGACUUGGGACGCCGAAGACACAACACGGAAGGAAGUGCAGAAGCGUGCGUUCUCAAGAAAAGAGAUUGAUGAGAACGAGCUCAAGGCGUACCUCGGCACCGACUCAGAGUCUUCUGAGGAUGAGGAGCAGGCGGCCAAAACAGACAAAGCUGCCAGCCUACGCGCCGCUCUCGGCCUAGAGGCGCCCAAUAAGAAGUCAAAGUCGAAGGAUACAUCGUCUUCUAAACGGGAUCGCGACUUCCCUAAGCCUGACGGAGAGAUGCAGAUCACAUUCUCUGGGGGCUUGCUCGGCGAGGGCAAGGGUGGCUCUGUCUUCGAGAACGAGAUUCCAUUGAACGAAACGACCUUGGAGAAACACAUCCGCAAGGAGAAAGAGAGGAAGGCCAAGCGCAAGGAGAGGAUGAAGGCCAAGAGAGAGGGCCGUGAUCCUGAUGCUGAAGUUGCGGAAGUCACCACAGCCGGCGCAGAAGGCGACGAUCCUUUCAACGAUCCGUUCUUCGGGUCUGAUGGUGAAGAUGUUGAGAAGGCAGAGAGGAAGGCAGACAACAGAUUAAAGCGAGCAAAGAAGCGCGAGGAGAAGGAGGCAGAAGAAGCCGCGACCGCAGCCGAACGAGCCAAGCUCGAGCUACUCAUGGCUGAUGACGAAGACAAUCAGAUACGCCACUUCAACAUGAACGAGAUCGAAAAGGCUGAAAAGGCCAAGAAGAAGGGCAAGAAAGGCAAGAAGAAUGCUCCCAUCGUCGAGGACAACUUCAAGAUCAAUACUGCCGAUCCUCGUUUUGCGAAGCUGUACGAGAGCCAUGAGUUUGCUAUUGAUCCCACAAAUCCCAAAUUCAGGGAGACCUCUGGUAUGAAGGCUCUGCUAGAGGAGGGUCGCAAAAAGAGGAAGCAAGGAAGAGAGGGAGAUGAGCCUGAGCAAACUAGGCAGCCCAAGAAGUCAAAGAAGGUGGAUGACGGCGGCGAUAUAGAUAUCAAGAAGCUGGCUGCGCGCGUCAAGGCAAAGAGCAAGCAAAAGUAGUUUCACGCCUUAAGGCUGAUAGAUCAUAAGAUACCCUUUUCCACUAUCGUGCUUCAUCGUUGUCGUUGAUGAAGACGUGAAGCACUGCACCGUCACCUUGGCCGCGACUCCCCUUAUCGUCAUAUUGUGAGUCACCAGACUUUUCUGGUCACGUAGUGAUCUAAAAAAAUAUGAGAUAAACAAAUUUGAAUCCUCUCGCAAUAUUCUGCCCACAGCCGCUGCUAGCGAGCAUCCGAUCAGAGCAUCGAUCCUCCUGAGACAACUGACGUCAUGGCACCAAAAUCCCAGUCGGCAAGCACCAGCCAGCGAUCUGGGGAUGCACCGCAACUCCACCCUGCAAGA